AUGGCCGGAAUCUCGGUGAGGGCCCCCUCGUCCACCGCAAACCUGGGGCCUGGCUUUGACGUGUUUGGGCUGGCGCUAGAUGCCUACUUUGACGAGGUCACCCUGGAGAGGACGGGAGGUGGAAUCAGCAUACUCUCCGAGGGCGGCAUCCCUACGGAUCCCGACAGGAACACUGCCGGCAUAGUCGCAAGGGUCAUGAUGGAGCGGUUUGGGAUCACCGGCGGGGUGGAGAUCAGGAUCAGAAAGGGCGUUCCCGUGGGCUUUGGCAUGGGCAGCAGCGCGGCCUCGGCGGCGGCUGCCGCGGUGGCCUUUGACGGGCUGUUUGAUCUGGGGCUGGACGGUGACACGCUGGUGGAGUGCGCCGGGGCCGGCGAGCGGGCCAGCGCGGGAGCCGUUCACUAUGACAACGUGGCGGCCUCGGUUCUGGGCGGUUUUGUCAUAGUGAGGACCGGGCCCCUGAGCGUGAUCCGGGUGGAUCCGCCGGAGGAUCUUGUGCUUUGCGUGGCGAUUCCAGAGAUGGACGUGCCGCCAAAAAAAACGCAGGUCUCCCGGGGCGCGGUUCCCGAAAGGAUAGCCAUGGCAGACGGCGUGCGAAACCUCGCAAAUGCCGCCGCCAUGGUGGCCGGGUUUCUCAGAGGGGAGCCGGAGGUGAUAGGAUCCGCGAUACAGGAUGUGAUAGUGGAGCCUGCCAGAAAGCACAUGAUUCCGGGCUUUGACCGGGUCAAGGGCGAUGCCCUUGGGGCCGGUGCCCUGGGAGUGACCAUCAGCGGAGCGGGCCCCUCUGUGAUCGCGCUCCUGGCAGGAUCGGCUGACAGCGGCGCCGUGGCAGAUGCCAUGAGGGGCGGCUUUUCAUCGGCGGGCCUGGGAUGCCGCACCGUGAUCUGCGGGCCCAGCGGCGGGGCCAGGCCGGUAUAG